CCCUCUCAAUCUCAAGUAGGGAGAGUAUCACAUCCAAAAUUCUAGGCAUCCAUCCAUCCCUCUAACCACAAGCACUCUCUCGCUAGCUAGCUAGCCCUCCUACAGAAGAGCCCAUGAUGUGUGUGUGUGUGUGUGUGUGUGUGUGUGUGUGUGUGUGUGUGUGUGAACUCAGGAUGAGCUAGGUACCAGUGCCCCUCCUCCUCAUCGCCCCUCUGCAACUCCCAUGGGAGAUUUACCUCCUCCUAGUCCUAGACCUCUUUAACUAUCUCUUUCUUUCUCUCUUCCACCCGCAGACACACAGGCGUGAAGAGCGGCUUAUGCAUGGCCGGGCACAUCUGAUCAUAGCUCCUAGGCCACAGCCACACCCCUCUCUCACACACAGUAGAAGCGCGCAGCUAGCAGUUGCUCUUCUUCCGAGGGCCUAGAGACGGGAGGUCUCAGGGGUCUUGGAGUCCCAUCACUAAAGCAUGUUUCCUUUCUAUGAUUCCCCGAGCCCCAUGGACUUACCCCUUUACCAACAGCUGCAGAUCAGCCCUCCCUCGCCAAAGGCGCCGGAUCACCAAUCCUUGCUCUACUACCAUUCCUCCCCUGCAUUCGCCGCCGACGCCUUCCACCACAGCUACCUCUGUGCCGGCGCCGCGACGCCGCCCGCGGCCGAGAUCGACAACCAGCCGCCACCGGAGCUGCUGCUGAUGGAUCAGGCGCCAGCGCCAAGGGCAGACGGUGUUGGAACCGCACAAGGCCUGCACGGCGGUGGAGGCCUCGACAGCGCGGCGGCUGCCGCGGCCAGGAAAGACCGGCACAGCAAGAUAUGCACCGCCGGCGGGAUGAGGGACCGGCGGAUGCGGCUGUCCCUCGACGUCGCCCGCAAGUUCUUCGCGCUCCAGGACAUGCUCGGCUUCGACAAGGCCAGCAAGACGGUGCAAUGGCUCCUCAAUACGUCAAAGGGCGCCAUCAGGGAGGUCAUGACUGACGAGGCGUCCUCCGACUGCGAGGAGGACGGCUCCAGCAGCCUCUCCGUCGUCGACGGCAAGCACAAGCCGCCAGGGACGGAGGCUGGAGGUGGUGAUCACGGCGAGGGGAAGAAGCCGAUGCCAAGGGCAGCUAGAAGAGCACCCGCCAAUCCAAAGCCGCAAAGGAAAUUGGCCAGUGCGCACCCGAUCCCCGACAAGGAGUCGAGGACGAAGGCGCGGGAGAGGGCCAGGGAGCGGACGCGGGAAAAGAACCGGAUGCGAUGGGUUACGCUCGCGUCUACGAUUAACAUCGAGCCGGCAGCCACCGGCAUGGCGGCGGCGAGGGCGGAUGAGUUGAUCACGAGGCCGCACAAUUUUAUCAAUCGCUCCUCGUCCAUGAACACAGCAAGCGCUGAAUUGGAGGAGGGGUGCUCGUCGUCCAUGCCGAGCGAAGCUAUCGUGGCUGGCUUCGGCAAUGGAGGGUACGGAAGCAGCGGCAACUACUACCAGUAUCAGCUGGAGCAGCAAUGGGAGCUCGCUGGAGUGGUGUUUCCCAACUCGCAGCCCUACUGAGAAGCGGCGACAUGCGUACGGUACAAGAACUACUCCCACUGUCUCGCCUUGCACGUACACUUAUAUAUAUCCUUCUUUGUUCGAUGGAUUAUUUGCGUAAUAAUUUUCUUGUGAAUUAACUUCGUGACGGUGAACUUGCCUUGGUCAUUGCAUGAUGCAGUACGUAUUGUAGUUGUAGCUACUACUAGUCCAGAACCUGUAUUGAUUAAUUCAUGUAAUUCAUGCGUGGAUUCUAAUCUGCAUUUCUUAAUUCUACAAUUGUCAAACUGGAAUCCGAUCAGAUCUGCUAUUCUGUUGAAUGAAUUGCUUA